CUGGUCGGAGGGACAACCAUGGUCAUCGGCCACGUGCUGCCCGACAGGGAGACCUCCCUCCUGGACGCCUACGAGAAGUGCCGGAGCCUGGCCGACCCCAAGGUCUGCUGUGACUACGCCCUGCACAUGGGCAUCACCUGGUGGGCCCCCAAGCAACAGCCGCUCACGCUCCAGCCGCGGGCUGGUCAGCCGGCCCCAGCGUCGCAGGCGGACGUGGGCUGUGCCCUCCACACCCUGCUGGCCCCGGCACAGGUGGCAGGCCGCUGGCGCGAGGCCCCGUACGCUCCUGGCAUCAGUGGAGUCUGGGAAUGCCCAGCAUGGAGUGACCCAGUGAGCCUUGGACCUGAGACUCACUGCCCCGUCUACCUGGUCAACGUGUCCAGCGUGUCUGCCGGCGACGUCGUGGCUGCCGCUAAGAUGCAAGGGAAGGUGGUGUAUGCAGAGACCACCACGGCGCACGCCACGCUGACGGGCCUGCACUAUUAUCACCAGGACUGGUCCCACGCCGCCGCCUACGUCACUGUGCCGCCCCUGCGGCUGGACACCAACACCUCCACCUACCUCAUGAGCCUGCUAGCCAACGACACCCUGAAUGUCGUGGCUUCCGACCACCGGCCCUUCACCAGCAAGCAGAAAGCCAUGGGCAAGGAGGACUUCACCAAGAUCCCGCACGGCGUGAGCGGCGUGCAAGACCGCAUGAGCGUCAUCUGGGAGCGGGGUGUGGUCGGGGGGAAGAUGGACGAGAACCGCUUUGUAGCCGUGACCAGCUCGAACGCAGCCAAGAUCCUCAACCUGUACCCACGGAAGGGCCGCAUCAUCCCCGGGGCCGACGCAGACAUUGUGGUGUGGGACCCUGAAGCCACCAGGACCAUCUCCGCCAGCACCCAGGUGCAGGGGGGCGACAUCAGCCUGUAUGAGAACAUGCGCUGCCACGGGGUGCCGCUGGUCACCAUCAGCCGCGGGCGCGUGGUCUACGAGAACGGCGUCUUCAUGUGCGCUGAGGGCACCGGCAAGUUCUGCCCGCUCCGCUCCUUCCCCGACUCCGUCUACAAGAAGCUUGUCCAGCGGGAGAAGAGUUUAAAGCUUAGGGGCGUGGAGCGCACCCCCUACCUGGGGGACGUGGCUGUGGUGGUGCAUGCUGGGAAAAAGGAGACGGGGACUCCACUUGCAGAUACCCCCACCCGACCUGCCACUCGACACGGGGGCAUGAGGGACCUUCACGAGUCCGGCUUCAGCCUAUCCGGUUCUCAGAUCGAUGACCACGUUCCAAAGCGAGCUUCGGCCCGGAUUCUCGCUCCCCCCGGAGGCAGGUCUAGCGGCAUUUGGUAAAACCAGCGACCUGUCCCCAAACUAAGGACGCAGCAGCAGCUCCCCACUCCUCCUGCCGGCCCCGCCCCCACUGGAAGACCUGGCCGUGCCACCUCCACGCCCCCCCGGGCACCGGGACACCACAGUGCUGUCCAGCAGGGCUGUUUGCCAUCCAGUCCCGCCAGGCGGCGGCGCCCGCUGGGAGGAGGCUGCGGGCGGGCCAUGGCGGGUGUGGCCAUGCACCCGCGCAUGACUGCAGCUCCUUUCUGUGGGAUAAC